AGUUAGGCGAAUGUUCGAACUGUGAAAUAGAUUCAAGAAAUGGGUUCUGAUUCUUUAACUGGCCGAUUUCGCGAUGGAUUUAGUUUGGGGGACAAUAAGCCUGAUGUGAAAGAGCACGAUCUGGGUUCGCCGGUUUCGCCAUUGAUGACGACUCGAAGCUUGGUUACCGGCGACAAUGGCUAUGGGAUUGGUGGGGCUAACACUUCCAGUAGCAGUUCCGGCUCAUCUGGCUCAGUUACCGGCAGAACUAACAAUACGCAAAUGGGUAAAAGAUCGGAGGGGAAACCGGACAGUCAUUCUGGGGAGCUCUCAUUGUCGUCGGAGACGAGUCCGAGUGGUUUCGAUGGCCAACGAUCCGCCGCCGCAUUGCGGAGUUCAAGGCCGGGUCACCGACGGUCGUUAUCGACCGGAUCGCCACUAAUCUACUCGGGUAAAACCCUUACAACUACGAGCAAUGGAAUCAACUCGGUUUCUUCAAACUCUAUCAGCAAUGUGUUUCCGAGCGGCAACAUUUGCCCUUCCGGCAAAGUUUUGAAGGCCAACAUUGCGCACAGAACUCCUACUCGGACCGACACGUUGGGGUCCGGCACUGGGAAUUACGGCCACGGAAGCAUUAUUCGCGGCGGUGGCGGCGCGAAAUUGGGGAAUCCGGGAAGCCUUGCUGAAGGGAAUUUACUAAUGGGUGGUGAAACUUCGAUAGUUAAAAGGGCAAUGGCGAUCUCCGAUCCAGAGGAAGUCAAGAGGGCUGCGAAUGAAUUGUAUAGAAGAGGGAAUUUCGUAGAAGCUUUGUCGUUGUAUGAUCGAGCCAUUUCGUUAUUCCCGGAAAAUGCAGCUUGUCGGAGCAACCGGGCGGCAGCGUUGACGGCGCUUGGACGGCUGGGGGAGGCGGUGAGGGAGUGUGAGGAGGCUGUGAGGCUCGAUCUCAGCUAUGGGAGAGCUCAUCAAAGGCUUGCUGCUCUUUAUCUCCGAUUUGGGCAGGUAAAGAAAUCCCGGAGUCAUCUCCUUUUAUCAGGACAGCCAGACCAUUCGGAGUUGCAGAAGUUGAAGUCGUUCGAUAAGAUCUUGAACCAGUGUGCCGAUGCUCGAAAAGCCGGUGACUGGAGGAGUGUUCUAAAGGAAGCUGAAGCAGCAAUAACAGCAGGAGCAGAUUUCUCUCCACAGCUUGUUGCAUGUAAAGCUGAAGCCCUUUUGAAGCUCCACCAGCUUGAAGAGGCAGACUCCUGCUUAUCAAACGUUUCUAAGAUGGAAACUUUGGCUUCAUGCUCACAAACCAAGUUCUUUGGUAUGCUUGCAGAAGCUUACGUGUUCUACGUCCGUGCCAUGGUCGAGAUGGCGUUAGGAAGGUUUGAUAAUGCAGUACAGGCAGCUGAGAGAGCUAGCAAGAUUAACAUGAAUAAUCUUGAAGUUUCGAAGUUGUUGAGCAAUGUGAAAAUGGUGGCACGAGCUCGUUCUCGAGGAUUCGAUCUUUUUAGCUCUGGAAGAUAUACAGAAGCCUGUACUGCAUAUGGAGAGGGCCUUAAGUAUGAUAGUUCGAACCACGUUCUUUAUUGCAAUCGAGCGGUAUGUUGGGCUAAGAUUGGACUUUGGGAACAAUCUGUUGAGGACUGCAAUCAAGCCCUCAAGAUCCAACCGAACUACACGAAGGCUCUUCUUCGUAGAGCUGCUUCAAAUGCAAAGCUUGAAAGAUGGGAAGAUGCCGUGAAAGAUCUCGAGUUCUUGAGGAGGGAACUUCCAGGAGACAGUGAGGUUGCUGAAUCUCUACAUCAAGCACAGGUUGCAUUGAAGAGAUCUCGUGGAGAGGUAGUUGAUCAUAGAACAGAUAGUGGUGAGGUAGAGGAAGUUUCUACUCUUGAUAAACUGAAAGCUGCAAUAUCAUCAUCAGGUGUUUCAGUGGUUCAUUUCAAGGUUUCCAACGAUAUAUGCGACGAAACAUCUGCGUUCGUGAAUACACUAUGCAUACGCUACCCUUCUGUUAAGUUCAUAAAGGUGGAUGUGGAGGAGAGCAUGUCCAUAGCGAAGGCGGAAGGCAUAAAAACCGUUCCAGCGUUCAAGAUUUACAAGAACGGGGAGAAGUUGAUCGAAACGAUCCGUCCGAUCCACCGUUUCUUGGAGGACUCAGUGAGAAGCUGUAUUGUUCAACAAACACUCCCAGCAUUGUGUCAUGAUGGUAAACUCAUUUGAUGGUAAACUCAUCAUACAAAAAGGGUAGUAAUUUUAGGUGUAACAUAAUCAACUACAUAAUUGUUUCCUAGAAUUAUAGGCAGAGGAACUCUCACAGACUAAAAGUUUCUUACUUAACGUUUGCUGAGUUUAUUUCUUUCAUUUGUAAUAUCCAACCAUAUUCUUCCUCAUUUGAAUCCCAUUUAUUUAAUGUAAUUAUUAUGUCUCCCCUGG